UCGUCAGUUUUUUGGUGACUAUCCUCCGCUACUCACUUCUACUUCCUUUAUUGUAACAGUUUCGGUGUCAGUGGUUGGCUCAAGAGGAAGUGUGAGGAGCGUGGCUCUUCACUUUCUUAGGAGAAACAAGAGGUAUGGCGGAGAGGACGCUAGUUAGAAGAAAACAACAACCAAAGCACAUUAAGCCAAAACAAGAACCAGAGACGAGAGAAACCUCUCCAACUCAUGGACAAAAACAACUUCAUGGAACAUUGCAGUGACAGCGCGUGAGAAUCCUCGAAAACUUUUUUUUUACGUGUUUGGUUUAGUAUCGUCUCACCACAUGUACAAGUUCCAGAGCGGUGACUUUGCUCGACUGACAGUGUGUUUAUUUAUCGCGUGUGUCACUGACAUUGACAUUCUUAUUGACGUCUUCAAAACCUGAAAGUAUCCGUUCUUGUUGUGCGGGCAUCGCUAAAAAAAUUAUUGUUCUAUACAAACCCUCGUUUAAAAAAAUCUGAAUUGUAACUCUGCCGCAGCACUACCUGGAGGCUUCAAUAAUUAAAAAGUAAAUACGUGGAAGUGUUGGCAUCAGGACAACAAGCAUGGGGGCGAAACAGAGCAGUCCCGCUGCUAACGGACGGAUGCGUGCAUAUUCGGGAUCAGAUUUACCGUCAAACACAUCAGCCAGUAAUGGAAACGGUAGGACUUCAGCCAUGGCAGUGCGGUAUUCUUACGGUGCCUCGGCUCACGGAGCCUCAGGUUCUUCGACCGCUGCUCACCAUAAUGGUCCCAGACCACGGUCCGUGGGUGGAAGUGGGAGUAAUUCGGGAAAUAGACCACAAUCUGGCAUUAAUAUACCCAGCAGUGGAGCGUACAGUUCCCAAGAUUCGGGCAGCAGUACGCCAGAGGAGAACGCAGGAGAGAGAGACCGGGCAAGAGGGGGUCAGGGGGCUCCGCGACUGUUGAUUGGAUCAUUACCGUCUCACCUUUCGCCUCAUCUCUUCGGAGGUUUCAAGUGCCCUGUCUGUUCCAAGUUUGUACCCUCAGACGAAAUGGACUUGCACCUCGUCAUGUGUUUGACCAAGCCCAGGGUCACAUACAACGAGGAUGUGCUGAGUAAAGACACAGGGGAAUGUGCAAUAUGCCUAGAGGAACUGGUCCAGGGUGAUACGAUUGCUCGUCUACCAUGUCUCUGCAUUUACCACAAAGGUUGUAUUGAUGAGUGGUUUGAGGUGAACAGGUCAUGUCCAGAGCACCCGUCUGAUUAAGGAGCCCCUCCUCCGUUUGGACAGGUCACCUUUUCCACAAUUAAAUGUUCUCCUCCUCAAACAGACAGUAAUGUGAAUUUCACCUUCCUCUACACCUUUCCCAUCGCCCGGGAAACACACCUGGACACUGUGACUGUAGCCAGAGGACGGUGACUAAGAACAAGAGGAAUUUCAGCUUGUCUCUCUCUCUCUCUCUCCUCACUUCGGUAGCACCUCCCACUUUCUCGCCUUCCCUGCUUCCCUGUUCCUGGUCGUCAUGGCGACCCCACCGUGCCAAAACUCUAUGAAGCAAUCUUCAGGGAAAUUUUCUCUCUAUGCUGAUAGACUUUUUUUUUCCAAACUCGACUCAAAUCUCUUCCCACAUGGAAAUAAAGGAACUUUUUAAGAGCAAAUCAAUAUCAGAGGGUCGCACCACUUCUUGCCUCUACGAGAUCAUACAAUCGUCUCUGUUUAUGCGAUGCUGUCUCUCUCUCUCUCUCUCUCUCUCUCACUCUCUCUUUAUCUCUGUCUCUCUCUCUCUGUGUUGCACAACCGUCCAAUCAGGAAACGAUUGAGGAGGUCAAACUCCACCACUGUGGAUUUAUAUGUACAAGGUCACUUGACCUUCUCACCACCCGCGGACUUUCUGGCAUUUCCAUUCAUUGGCCAUGCCUCUCAGACUGAGCUCUGAUUGGCUGAGCCGCAGACUCACUCGCUCAGCACUCCCACCCUCCUGCCUUCUUAUUGGACACCAGUCUGUUGUGGCUUCUCACAUCUUUUUAUCGAGGGACGAUGGCUGAUUGUACACAAGGACUUUUUUUUUGUGGGGAAGGAAUGGAGAUGACUGUUCUGAUGCUUCCUCCUUGACUGUGUUUAACUGUGCCUUCACUUUUGGAUUCCCCCUUGUGGGGGGGUUCUCGACAGCGGGCAGAGCUGUUCCUGGGGACAGGACGGAAUGGAUCCCCCCCCCCCU